CCAUUUUUAGCAUGUGUAUAUAUUUUCAAAAUUUCAUGGCAUAAUUUCAUGUGAAAAUCACUACAGUAUUAUCAGUAUGGCAUCUGGUGGAAAACCCAUACCCAUAGUUGACGAGGAGGAAAGUGAAGAGGAGACUGUUCUUUCAGAGGAAGAACCAAGAUUUCGUAAACGUUCUGACAUCAUAGAUCAGCUCAUGAACCGUAUUGAGGACGCCCUUCUGGACGCAGCAGACACCAUAUCACGAGCAAGUGGUUCCGAAGGAUCCCGAUCACAGAGUAGAAGUUCUGUCAGUGAAAUGUCAAAGUCUCGUGUUCUGUUAAGACAGAAGGCAGAAGCAGAAAAAGCUAAAUUAGCUUUCGUCAGACAGCAAGUUGACCUUCAAACCGAGAAGUCAAAAAUUGAAGGACAAAUACAAAUUCUGAAUCAAACGUGUUCAGCAGCAAUCGCGGAUGCAGAAGCCAAAGUGUUCGAAAGAGAAGAAAGUGAAACCAAAAGUGAAAGAAAUUCCAUCUUAGAUGAACUACCCAAAGACAGAGGUCAGCGUGUUGCAGAUUAUGUGGAAAGUGUUUCUCGAGAUCAAGAAUCAAGUGUUAGAUCACAUGUGAACCCAAAAAUCGUUCAACCAAUUCCCUCAAGUUAUAACUUUGAUGUUCCUUUAAGGAGGAUUCAGUGGAAACUUAACUUUAAUGAUGAACCAGAGGCUUACAACGCAUGGAAACUAAACUUUACCUCAAUCAUAAAGGACCUGCAGAUUUCAGAAUUCGAGGAACUUAAGUUACUUGUGAGAUGGCUAGGACCGGAGUCCUCUAAACAUGCAGCGGACAUCCAACAAGCAAACGCCGGAAAUCCUGGAAGGGGACUACAUCAGAUUUGGGCAAGAUUAGAUGAGAGAUAUGGGGCAAUCGAACUCAUCGAUGAUUCAUUAAAAUCGAAGUUGGCCGCUUUUCCGCAACUUAUGAUAAAGGACCCUAAAGAACUUUACAAACUGUCUGAUCUACUGACACAAGUGGAUGGUGUGAAGAAGAACCCUAAAUAUUCAGCAGCAUUAUCCUAUUAUGACACCUCUCUUGGAAUUGCACCAAUAGUAAGCAAACUUCCUUAUCAAUGGAGAGAAAAAUGGAUCAACAAGGCCUCAGAAUAUAAGGAGCGUCAUAGUGUUCCAUACCCACCAUUUACAUACUUUGUGAAAUUUAUACAAGACUUAUGUCGUGUGAGAAAUGACCCUGGAUUUCAGUUUAGUGAACCAACAAAGAAAGAGACUAAAACCAAAAACACUGGACAGAUUCGUUCAAGAAAAACUGAUGUUAAGCCUAGCAAGUCAACAGGACAAAGAAAAUCAUGCUUUUUAGAACAUAGAGUUGAAUCCAAUCAUAAUAUCAAAGACUGUCGCAAGUUUCGUACCCUUCCUAUCGGUUCAAGGAAAAAGCUUCUCAAGGAAAAUGGAAUUUGCUUUAGAUGUUGUGAUUCCAAAGAACACUUAGCAAGAGACUGUAAUGUGAAAUUAAAGUGUGACAUGUGUCAAAGUGACAGACAUUGUGGUGCCUUACAUGUUAACAGUUCCCAGGGCGGGGAGGAUAAGGAAAAUUCGCAUGGCGGGGAGAACAGUAUAUCAUCUUUUACAACUAACUGUACUCAAGUCUGCUCACCCGCAUUCAGUGGCAAAUCUUGUGCAAAGAUUAUUUUAGUGAACAUUUUUCCAGUUGGCCGUGAAGAUUUAAAGAAAAGAGCAUAUGUGAUUCUUGACGACCAAAGCAGCAGGACACUUGCGAAGUCAUCAUUCUUUGACAAGUUCGGAAUCAAGGGACAAGAAAUUUCAUAUACAUUGUCAUCAUGCUGUGGUUCGGCCAUGGUCUCUGGGAGACAAGCCUUUGAUUUCGUUGUAUCUUCAAUACAGAGUGGCGAACAAAUACACUUACCAUCAAUUAUUGAAUGUGAUGACAUCCCUGUUUCAUACGAGGAGAUUCCAACCCCAGCUAGCUACUGUACCACACUGUAUCCCACUGUACCCCACAGUACAGAGCCACUGUACUCCACUGUACUCCACUGGACAGCACAGUACCUACCCACUGACCAGCACUACUUGGAGUCUGAGAUCCCACCAAUAGACGAUAAAGCAGAAGUGAUUCUUAUUGGACGGGAUGUUCCCAGUGCUCAUCAUGUGCUGGAACAAAAGAUUGAUAAACUAAACCUACCUUUCGCACAGCGACUUCCCUUAGGCUGGGCCGUUAUAGGAGAAUGUUGCCUAGGUAGACUUUCUCAGAUCUUUGAACGCACCAAAGACGAUAACAUUCCAGGAAUGUCAAUCGAGGACAGAGAAUUCUUAGAAAUCAUGAAGAAAAAGUGUCAUAAAGAUGAGAAAGGACAUUGGUCAGCUCCGUCACCAUUCAAGUUAAACAGAAAUAGACUACCUAACAACAGAGAACAAGCGUUGAAAAGGACUUAUUCACUGCUGAAAACUUUUAAGCGUGAUCCUGUGAAAAUGAACUUAGCCAUAAAGUUUAUGGAAAAUGUGUUUGAUAAUGGAUUUGCAGAGGAAGCUCCAGAGGUCCAAGAGGGAGAAGAAUGUUGGUAUCUUCCCAUAUUCCCAGUAUUCCAUCCAAAAAAGCCCAACAAGGUCCGUAUGGUUUUUGACUCUUCAGCCAUUUAUCAAGGACAUUCCUUGAACUCUUCCUUACUUCAAGGACCGGAUCUUACUAACAAUCUACUCGGCGUACUUUUGCGUUUUCGUAAGGAGCGUGUCGCCAUCACUGGAGAUAUAGAACAGAUGUUUCAUAUGUUUCACAUUAAUGAAGAACACAGAAAUUUCGUUCGUUUCAUAUGGUUUAGAGACAAUGAUCCUACCAAGUCUCUUCAAGACUACAGAAUGUGUGUACAUCUAUUCGGGAAUUCACCGUCACCCGCUGUCGCCACAUAUUGUCUCCACAAAUGUGUAGAAGAACCUUGUGAUAGUGAUGUGAAAUAUUAUGUUACAAGAAACUUCUAUGUUGAUGAUGGACUGUCGUCUUACGAUACAGACAAUGAAGCUUUAGAUAUUUUGUUAAGAACACAGAAAAUUCUAAGAGAUAGAGGUAAAAUUAGAUUUCACAAAUUUGCCUCCAACAGCCAAAUUGUUAUGGAUGCUUUGCCACCAGAGGAUAGAGCAAAGGAUUUAAGCGAUGUACAUUUAGAUCUACAUACAACUCCUGCACAGAGUAGUUUGGGCUUAAUCUGGAAUUUAUCACUAGAUGCUUUCAUCUUCUCAACAGAUCUCUAA